UAAAUGAGGAAGUGUUCAGUCGUCGGUUCAGAGAGCAGAAAGAAGAGAUCAGACUUGAGAAGAUGAGUGAUGUGGAGGAGGAGAAGGACGGAGCAGAGUCUGGAGUAUUCGGCUCUGAGUCUGUGAAGACUGAGCGCUCCAAAGAUCCUCCUCCAGACUUCAGUGAUGGACCUGGACCCUCAGACACAAAAGAGGAGGAGGAGAAGAAGAGGAGGCUUGUUUGUGAGGAGGAGCAGCCGUCCUGCUGUGCUUCCUGUCAGGACGUCCUGAAGGAUCCCGUCUCUACCAGCUGUGGACACUGGUUCUGCAGACGGUGCAUCAGCUCAUACUGGGACCAGUCUGCUCCACCAGGAGACUCCUCCUGUCGAGAGUGUGGAAAAAGACCCAGAACCAGGGAUAGUGGUCUGCAGGAGGUUUUAGAUGAAUAUAAGAUCAGUCUGAAGAGGAGAUGUGAACGUGUGACUGAAGGAAGUGAUGCAACAGGAAGUGGAACCCUCCUCAACAGGAUCUACACUGAGCUCUACAUCACAGAGGGACAGAGUGAAGAGGUUAAUACCCAACAUGAGGUGAGGCAGCUGGAGACAGCUUCCAAGAAGAAGACCGUCCACGACGCUCCAAUCAGGUGCCAGGACAUCUUUAAAGCCUUACCUGACCAACAGGGACCCAUCAGAGUGGUUCUGACAAACGGCGUCGCUGGCGUUGGAAAAACCUUCUUGGUGCAGAAGUUCAGUCUGGACUGGGCAGAGGGUUUGGAGAACCAAGAUGUCAGUGUGGUGAUUCUGCUUUCCUUCAGGGAGCUGAACUUGAUCAGAGAUGAGCAGUACAGUCUUCUGGAGCUGCUCCAUGUUUUCCAUCCAACAUUACAGAAGGUCCCAGCAGAGAAGCUUGCCGUCUCUAAACUUCUGUUCAUCUUUGACGGCCUGGAUGAAAGCAGACUUUCACUGGAUUUCACCAACAAGGAGGUUGUGUCUGAUGUCACACAGAAGUCAUCGGUCAACGUGCUGCUGACAAACCUCAUCGAGGGGAAUCUGCUUCCCUCGGCUCUCGUCUGGAUAACUUCCCGACCCGCGGCGGCCAAUCAGAUCCCUCCUGAGUGUGUCGACAGGGUGACAGAAGUACGAGGCUUCACUGACGCCCAGAAGGAGGAGUACUUCAGGAGGAGGGUCAGUGAUGAAGAGCGCUCCAGCACAAUCAUCUCACACAUCCAGACAUCCAGGAGCCUCCACAUCAUGUGUCUGAUCCCACUCUUCUGCUGGAUCACUGCUACAGUUCUGGACCACAUGUUGACUACAGAGCAGAGAGGAGAGCUGCCCAAGACCCUGACUGACCUGUACUCACACUUCCUGCUGGUUCAGACCAAGAAGAAGAAGCAGAAGUAUGAUGAGGGACAUGAGACGAGUCCACAGGAGCUGACGGAGGCUGACAGAGAAGUUCUUCUGAAGCUGGGGAGGCUGGCGUUUGAACAGCUGCAGGAAGGAAACAUCAUGUUCUACCAAGAAGACCUGGAGCGCUGUGGUCUCCAUGUCACAGAGGCCUCGGUGUACUCAGGAGUUUGUACAGAGAUCUUCAAAAGAGAGAGUGUGAUCUUCCAGAAAACAGUCUACUGCUUCGUUCAUCUGAGCGUUCAGGAGUUUCUGGCUGCAGUCUACAUGUUCCACUGUUACACCACCAGGAACACAGAGGUACUGAGGGCUUUUCUGGGGACAGACUGGGGGUCAACUCUGGAUGACUGGUACAAAAUAAAGAGUUACCUGUUCUCGCAUGACUACGUGAGUGAUGAAGCAGAAGAAGACGAAGAAGGAGAAGAAGACAAAGGAGAAGAGGAAGAAGAAGAAGAAGAUGAUGAAGAAGACGAAGAAGAAGACGAAGCAGAAGAGGAAGACGAAGAACAAGAUGAUGAAGAAGACGAAGGAGAAGAAGAAGAUGAAGAAGAUGAUGAUGAUGAUGAUAACCCAUCUCUGGAUGUCUUCCUGAGUGCAGCCAUGGAGAAAUCCCUUGAAAGUAAAAAUGGCCACCUGGACCUGUUUGUCCGCUUCCUUCAUGGCCUCUCUCUGGAGUCAAACCAGAGACUGUUAGGAGGCCUGCUGGGUCAGACAGACAACAGGCCAGAAGUCAUCCAGAGAGCCAUCAACAACCUGAAGGAGAUGAACACUUUGAAGAUCUCUCCUGACAGAAGCAUCAACAUCUUCCACUGUCUGACGGAGAUGAACGACCUCUCAGUCCAUCAGGAGAUCCAAGAAUUCCUGAAGUCAGAGAACAGAUCAGAGGAACUCUCUGAGAUCCACUGCUCAGCUCUGGCCUACAUGCUGCAGAUGUCAGAGGAGUUUCUGGAUGAGUUGAACCUAAAGAAGUACAACACAUCAUGGGAGGGACGACAGAGACUGAUUCCAGCUGUGAGGAACUGCAGAAAGUUUGUACUUUCUGACUGUGGGCUGUCAGAGACUGAAUGUGAAGUCAUAGCCUCAGCUCUGAAGUCCAACCCCUCCCAUCUGAGAGAGCUGGAGCUGAGCAACAACUACCUGAAGGAUUCAGGAGUGAAGCGGCUCUGUGCUGGACUGGAGAGUCCAAACUGCAGACUGGAGACUCUGAGAUUGGACGGCUGCAGUUUGUCAGAGAUCAGCUGUGCUUCUCUGGCCUCAGCUCUGAAGUCCAACCCCUCCCAUCUGAGAGAGCUGGAGCUGAACUACAACAAGCUGCAGGAUUCAGGAGUGAAGCUGCUGUGUGAUCUUCUGCAGAGUCCAAACUGCAGACUGGAGACUCUAAGAUUGAGUCACUGCAGUUUGUCAGAGAUCAGCUGUGCUUCUCUGGCCUCAGCUCUGAAGUCCAACCCCUCCCAUCUGAGAGAGCUGGAGCUGAACUACAACAAGCUGCAGGAUUCAGGAGUGAAGCUGCUGUGUGAUCUUCUGCAGAGUCCAAACUGCAGACUGGAGACUCUGAGGGUGAAUGACAGAGUAUUCAGUGCUCCACCUGACAGAAAUGAAGGACAUCCGUCCACGUCCAACCCAACCCUGGAUGAGUCUGAGGACAGCAGGAAGGAGGGUGUGGAUGAAGAGGAUCCGCUGUGUCCUGAUGAUCCAGAGAAGACCAAGCAGCAGCUGGUGUGUGGAGAGGCUCUCAAUACAAACGAAAAGUUCAGUUUCACACCUGAACUGCUGACUGAGUCUGGAAAGACUUCAUACAGGUUCAGGUGUCCCGGUCCAGGUGUGUUCCAGUGUGCUUUGACGGGACUGGUGUUUGUUUUGGCUCAGGAGGCGGAGCUUCAGUAUAACACUGUCAUAUGGGACGAGAGCCUCGUCCAAUCAGCUGGCAGGACGGCUGCAGGGCCGCUGUUCAGAAUCAAGAGUUCAGAUGAUGCUGCUGUCUGUCAGCUCCACCUGCCACACUGUGAAACAGAGGAAGCGUUGCGCGUUGACGGCCUGUUGUCUGUCGUCCACAUCACUGAUGAUGGAAUGAGCUUCUUGGAGCCGCUGGAGGUCUCAGACACUCAUGUGAUGGUGAAGGUUCCUCACCUCUCUGCCUUUGGUCUGGUCUGGGAUUUUGUUAGAAGGUUCCUGAACAUCUCACUGCCAAUAGAGGGUCAAGUUCUGCUGUUCCUCCGACCUCUGAACUCAGAGUACCGAGUACUGGAUGUGUUACUGCUGCCUGACAACGUCCUGGUAGAUGAGGUUCAAAAGAAACAGCGAGGCUCUGAGAAUGUCAAACUCUCUUCCGACUGUCUUCUCAGCUUUGGUCGAAGUUACAGUGUCCACUGUGAACCUGAGGGCCUCGAGAUACAGCCUGAGAGUGCAACAUUUCGCUUGAAGUAUGGACCAAAUUACCAUCCAACAUUUGAAGUUUUCCUGGCUACAAUCCCAGAGACAAUGACUUUGAUUGUUCAGGACCAAGAGAGGAGAGAAGUCUGGAAACGUAAUGUUCGUCUGACAGGUCCGGGAAGCGAUCUCCAAGCACAGGACAGCGUCCCUUCAGAGGACAGCGUCCCAACAGAGGACAGCGUCCCAGCAGAGGACAGCGUCCCAGCAGAGGACAGUGUCCCAGCAGUGGAUGCUGACCCACCAGAAGAGAAGCUGUUGUUGGUUCGGACACAAUUUGUAAAAAGAGUCUCCGAUCCUGUUCUGAACCAGCUUCUGGAUAAACUCCUGGAGCUUCACGUUAUAAAUGAUGAAGAAAUGCAGUCACUCAGAGCGAAAGGCCGAGCAGACAGAGCACGAGACGUGAUGGACACGGUGAGAAGAAAAGGAAGUAAAACCAGCUCAGUCCUGAUGGAGGCUCUCUGGGAGCUGGAUCCACACCUUUCCACAGUGCUGAGGCUCAGAUGAAACAAGAAGCUGAAGUGUGACGAUACAAACUGAUGUCAGAGUGUUGU